CUUAUCAAUGUGUCACGCCCGGAAAGGUGAUAGUGGCAGUAAGCUGGCUCCAAGUCACCACUCGGAUGUUGCACACUCUGCAUUCCAUCCCAGGAGAAGGGUGCAUUUGUCACAGGGCAAGCUGACUGGUGCCAUCAAUGUUACCAAAGCGAAACAGAUACAUGUGCAAAGCAACACAGAUGGUGCCUACAGAGAAGAACUGAGAAGCGAUGGACUGGGCAACUUCAGAGCUAAACCAACUUCAUGUAGAACAGAAGAGCUUGAUGUAGGUGUGAGUGGAAAUCAUGCUGUGAAGAAAUGCUGCUGCUUCCGGAAGAUGGUGGGCAGGCACUCGAACACCAAGAACAUGAUUGUGGAUGAAAAAGAUUUCGAGCAAUUCUUCAGGGAGCCAGGCAGCAAGUGGAGGAUCAGCAGCCCCUCAAAAUGGGACUCCCAAGGGUCAGACCAUACUUGGAUCUGGAAUGGAGCCCCUGAGAUGUCCAGCUUUUACAGGCAAGACAUCCAGUCCUUGAAAGAAACAAUGGAGAAGGGUCAACAGGAUGCAAUGACCUUGGCAUCCCAGCAACAAGAGACACAGAAUGAGGUCCCCAAGACCAGCAUGGAGCUGGCUAUGCCAGAGUUUAAGCAAGAUGACUGUCUGCAGGAGUUGCAAGAUCUCGAGGGUGAACUUGAUUUGAAGCAAUACAACAAACUGAGACAGAAGAACGCACAGAUUGCAGCGUUCACCCAGGAACGAGAUAACCUGAGGGCCCAUCCACGACAGCCUGGCAGCAGUUUGUCCUUCCGGGAGCAUCAGGAUUUGGACAAGAAACUCAGGAACACAAAAGAUGACUUAUUGACAGAGCAGCGGCACACCAGAUUCCAGAUCAAGCAGCUGCAGCAUCAACUGGAAGAAUCUGGGGCAAGAUUGGAGCAGAGGACAGCAAAGAUCACUCAGUUACUGGAGAAAAAUGGCGGUCUGGAAUCACAGGUCAGGGAACUGAAGAGGAUUCUAAAGGUUGAGAGAGCUGCCCCAAACUCCAACAACUCAAUCUGUGUUCAUGAGCUUUUGUCACGGCUGACAGAAUGUGACCUGAAGGUCAGCGCCCUGGAGAAAAUCCUCUUGGAGAAGGACAUGGAGCAGUUGAGGCUGAGGGAGAUAGUGAUGACAUUGAGAGCAGAGAAAGAGGCUCAGCUGUCUGCCAUGGAAACUCUUAGAAAGGAGCAUGCACGACAGCUCACUUUAAACACCGUGGAAAAGCAAUGGGAGCAGGUUCCGAAUGCCUUGGAUCUUGAAAACCAGAAGUGGGAAGCAGAUUCGAAGGAACAGCUCCAACAACAUGGUCUGUCUCUGGAAGAGGUGAAUGGGAGAGCCCUUAAACAGGCCAUUGAGGACCUGGAGAAAGAACGGAGAAACUCACUCACUUUACAACACAAAUUAGUCGAAUUGCAGAAGAGAAUCCAGGAGCUGGAGGUCCACAGCCAUUCCCUCCAGCAAAAGACAGAUCAGGCCAUAAGCAAUCUGAAGACUCAGAUGACCGAAGAGAAAGAAAAGGAGAUCCAACAGCUCAGGGAAGAAAUGCAGUUGGGUAAAGAAAAAGAAAUUGAGAGACUGACUUCAAAGAUGGAGGAGGAGUUGCAGAUCCUUCGAGCCAAGAACAGUGAAGUUUCCCUCAAAGAGAGAGAAGCCAGAAUGCAGGAGGAGCAGGCAGAAAAGUCCUUUGUGUCUGAGAUCAAGACAGAGUGUGAACGCAUUCGUGUGUUAAUACAGAGUACACAAAUGCAAGCCUUGGGGAGAGUUAUAAGUCCACCCUGCAGUAAACUGAGGAGCCUGACACGAAUGACGUUAGGAGAAGCUAUCCAUGCACUGUGCAGAGCCAGUGAGGAUCUGUGCCAACAUGUGGUUGACCUGCGUCAGGAGCUGGAGAGCCAGCGCUGUAUGGUAUAUCAUCUCCAGACAGGCAAGGAUGACACCAAGGAGGUCAGCAAGCUGCAGAGAUCGCCACUGACUAAGUCUGGGAGAGAAAAGGAACAUACACUUCAGGAGAGGAAGAAUGAGUUGCCAGAAAUCCAGAGGACCAUGGCCGAAAGGGAUGAUGUGACUGCCUGCAAACCCACCCACAAGUUUGAGGAGAAGCAGAAUAUAAAGAUUGUCUACAGAGACAGAAGUGAAUGUCAAAAGACAGAAAUGCAAGAAAAUGAAAUCCAUCCCCUGCCUUUGGAACACACUGAACCUUCUCCUUCAUGGUCUGCCUCCACCACAUCAGUAACUUCCUCUGCAGUGAUCUCAUGCAGGCAGAAGGAUUUUGGGACACUGAAGCUGCUGAAACAUUUGCAGAGCCGUGUGAAACAGCUCCGAGCAGAAAACAACAUCUACUGUGGAACCAGCCUGAACGAUGUGAGCAUUCUCCAUACCACGACUGACAGCUCAUGCACAGAGACAAUGAGUAGUUCACUGAGCAGAUCAAUGCAGUUACAGGACUGGCAGAGAAAUAGUGACAGACAGGAAGUUUAAUUAGGGAAAAAUUAUGUGCAGGAUUCUGCACUGACUCGGGGGCUGGCCUAGAGAGUAGGAGUUGCUUCUCUGGCGAUGAUGUUGGUGCAGCAGGACUAACUUGUUGGAAACUAUGGGUCAAGCUCCUAUUUAAAUAUUGCCAGUCAUGCUCAAUGUCAAUGCUGCAUGUACUUGGAAGCCAGCAAUCACUGGUGAAGGAUUGACUGAUAAGUCACUGGACAAUCUGUCCAUUCUGUUGAUAAGAAAUAAACCCUUUACAUUGUCACCCCUCCUCCCCAGAGUCAGGUAAUACCAGAAAGAUUUUUCAUGUGCUUUGUGGGAGAGGAAAGCAGUAAGUGGCAUUUGAAAAAUCAUUCGAGAUGUAUGCUUGGCCACCCCUUCCACAAAUGGAGACCACACAGCAAACCACAGUAGAAUGAGAUCUCACAGCUUAUUUCAGAGGGCUCUCUCAGUAUUGGUGAGCAGACAACUGCAGCUCAGCAUAAUCAUGCUUUGAGAAACUGGAUUAUGUCAUGGCUUGAUUAUACACAGUUCUGAGUGUCCAACCAAAAGGCCAAUGCAAUGUUACUGUAUGGAUGGUGCUGAUUGUGUGUGUUUAGUAUUCCUAGAAGAAUUAAACUUGGACUAAUGUAAAACGUAUGAUGUCCCACAUUAGUAUUUGAUUUUGCUGUUCAAAUACCUCCUUCCUACAACCCCUUCUUCCUAAAUCUACAUACCUCCAACUAAAUUGAGGGAGAAUGAUUAAAUCUAUCUUGCUACAUUAUUCUAUUGUAUUUGUAUAACAACGUAU